AUGGCGGAUGCGUCAUUCAAGGACGUUCCGGAGAUAUUUGAGGUGGAAUUGGGAGAAUCAUUAGCUGCGCGAACGGAAAGCCUAUCAACCUUCCGCGAGCUCGGACCACCGGACUUGUGUCAUGUUGUAAAAAGCACGGGGCGCAGCGGACAGCGCGAUAUCGGGUCGUACCAUUACGUGUCUGGAGUAGACGCUUCAUCAUCCGCUUCCCUCGCUGCAUACAUCAACUCGCUCACGUACGCCAUAGAAGAUGACUCGGGCUGGUUCUCGAAAGGUUCAGCGUGGAAGGUGCGCAAUGGAUGUUACUGCUGCUUCAACGCGUUCUCUCGGGUAGACGUGCGCGUAGACGUGAAGAUUCCAGGAGGGGUGCACGCUUAUAUCGUCGAUCUUCGCGGAGAGAGACACGAAACGACUCCAGACGAAGGCCAGGAGAUGUGGCAGGAGACAUAUCUCUCAGCCAUCCUGCGCGCAAUCCUGUACUCUGACGAUCCCGCAUAUUGGCUCGAGGCCUACCGUAAACUUGAUCCCAUCACCACUCCCGAAAGCGAGCUGCGAUUCUUACAAGCAGCAGAAGUGCUGUUCAUGAAAGGCUGGCAGGUGGGCUCGGAGCCUGAGAUCCAGGUUGCGACGGUAGUGUCGAACCAUCUGACGACUGCGGUGAUGAAGUACUUCGGCGACAGCGGACGAUACCAGUACGCGGCGAACCUGUUCGAGAAAAUCAGCGCGAAAGAGCCUGAGGUGUCGUCGCUGCUCGCGAAGAGCUACAUCGGGAUGAACGAGGAAGUCAAGGCUGUACAGAUCAUGGCGGCCGCAAUCAAGCAGACGUCGCAAUCAUAUACCCUCCUGCACGUGCAGUGCGAUUUCCUCCGCUCGAAAGGCAAUCACGAAUGGGCAUUGAAGCUUGCGAAGCAGGCUGUUAAUUGCGCGCCAAGCGAGUUCGUGACAUGGGAGAAACUAACCGAGAUCUACAUCGACCUGGGACAGUAUGAAGCGGCGCUGCUGACUCUGAACUCAUGCCCCAUGUUCACGUAUAAUGGGCGAGAUGCUCACCGCAACUUGCCAGCUGCUCGGGUGCAUCUUCCACCAAAGGGCCCAAUCGUUGAAAUCCUUCCCGAGCGAACAAAGACAGAGGACGAUGACGCUGACCCUGCCUUGCUCCGACUGCCUGCACCAGGAUUACGCGGAACUUGGGCACGCGCGUAUUCCCUCCUCACGCGCCUUGUCUCAAAGGUUGGCUGGGACGAGCUCCUCAAGACGCGGAGCUCUGUCUUCGUCAUGGAAGAGGAAUAUCGGAUGCAGAAGGCCCAGAGCGAUCUACGCGCACAUUCGUCUCCCUCUGCGACUCCGGUCUCUCCAACAUCAAGUGCUAAUGGUGCGGAUGCAGAAUCCAGUGCGGCGACACCGUCGUCCCAGCCGCUACCGCAACGGAACGAUUCGCUGAAGAGAGACUCGACCUUGUCCGAUUGCGAUACCCUCAUUUCAGGAGUGGAAUUGCAAGCCGAUGACGAUGCCUCGACACGUGGAGUCGUAUCGCCUGCACAUUCACAGAAGGGCUCCACUAGCAAUGCCACCGACGUCGAAGGGGAGACUUUAGCCGUCUCGAACGGCAUCCCUACGAUCCGCAUAUCUACUGAGAGCGAUAUCGAGAGAGAGAAGGUUGGCGAGGACGCCGCAGAGCUGCCUGCCAAUGAAAGUGCAGAAGCGAAGGAGAACGGAGUUAAAGUGGUGAGACGGUCACUUGAGAAGCCUGUGCAGGCUGCCGCCCACUCAGGAGAUGGGUCUGAAGAGAGCGAAGCGUCAAAACCCGCUCAGGAGGCAUUCUCGUUCACCAAUAAGCGUCUGUGCGAGCGAUGGCUCGAUAAUUUGUUCAUGGUUCUGUACGAGGAUCUGCGCGUGUGGACGAUCUUCCGCGCAGAAGUCGCUCACUUCAAGACUCAGCACGUCGCGUAUAGAAAGACUGCGCUUGAAUGGGAGAUCCUUGGUGACCUCGGUGUACGCUUGCACCACAAAGAAGACUCCAAGGAAGCGUACCAGCGCUGUCUCGACACGCAGCGGUACUCGUACAAACCGUGGUCCAAGCUCCUUGACACAUACGCGGAAGAAGGUGACAUCCAACGAACGCUGCAAGUGGCGAUUCGUGUUGCGGCGUAUCAGUACGGAGAGUACACCGAGAUGACGUAUCCAACUCAGAUUGCCCGAUGCCUGUUCAAGCUCGGACAAAUUCACGGCCAUGCCAAAAUCUCGUAUACCUUGUUGAGCAUGAAUCUUCCGGAUCCUGUGAUGAAGAUCAUGGAGAGCUAUAUUCACUACGGGGAGAUAUUCAAAGUUGAAGGUUAUGACUUUUAA